AUGUUUCUGGGGGACGUGGAGUCUUCUGGUGCCAUGGGAGGAUCUGUUGUCUACCUGCUGGCUGUGUUUGCAUUCAGCUUAUCAGCCCUGUCUCACGGCCAGCCGCUAUGCACGUUGAUCACCCCAAGUGUCCUGCGUGUGGAGAGCGAAGAGAUGGUGAUUGUGGAAGCUCAUGGCCACCAUAGCCCGAUCGAGGCGAGGAUCACCGUGUACGACUUCCCACAGAAGAGAAGUGCCUUGGUUUCGACCACAGUCAGCCUGAACCCUGAAAACGGCAUGAUGAACUCUGCCAAAAUUAAGGUUCCUGUUCAGCUACUGCCAAAAGAUGCCCAGAAGAAGGAAUAUGUCUACAUCGAAGCCAAGAGCAGCCUGUUCACCUUAGAGAAGGUGGUUCUGCUUUCAUUCCACAGUGGCUACAUCUUCAUCCAGACGGAUAAGACCAUCUACACGCCUGGGUCUACAGUGAGGUACCGGCUUUUCACUGUGGGUCACAUGUUGGACCCCAACUUGAAGGUGGUUUUUGUGGAGCUCAUGAAUCCAGAUGGGAUUAUUGUAGAGAAGAACACAGUGUCCUCGAUGGACCAAAGCGGCAUCAUCUCCAGGAGCUACAAGAUCCCUGAUAUCGUGAACAGCGGAGUGUGGAAGAUUGUCUCCAAGUACGAGCAUGCCCCUCAGGAGGCCUUCACCGCGGAGUUUGAAGUCAAGGAAUACGUGCUGCCUAGUUUCGAAGUGACGCUGGAGCCUUCUCAGAAGUUCUUCCUCAUUGAUCAGAAUGAGCUUAGUAUCGACAUUACAGCCAAGUUCCUGUAUGGGAAGCCAGUUCAAGGUCAAGCCUAUGCGCUCUUUGGAGUGAUGGUGGAUAAUGAGAAAAGGAGCAUCGUGAACUCACUCAACAAAGUCCCAAUCAAGGAUGGCAAAGGCUGUGCUAAACUAACCAAAGAAAUGUUGCACAGCAGGUUCCGCAACCCCAGAGAGCUUCUCGGCCACUCAAUCUAUGUGACAGUGACAGUGCUGACGGACACUGGGAGUGACAUGGUGGAGGCUGAGAAAUCUGGGAUCCGGAUUGUGACCUCCCCCUACAAAAUCCUCUUCUCCAGAUCUGCUACGUACUUCAAACCCGGACUGCCCUUUAACCUGGUGGUCUCCGUGGUGAACGCAGACGGUUCCCCCGCCCCCCAGGUCCCCGUGCGCAGCGGAACAGGUGCCAGCGGUUUGACACAGGCUGAUGGGACAGUGCAGCUAGCGAUCAACACCCCAGCAGACGCAUCUCAGCUCUCGGUGAAGGUGGAAACUGUGGUUGCCAACCUCCGGCAGGAGCAUCAGAGCUCGGCGGUCUGGGCCAUUGUAGCCUACGGGUCACAAGGGGGCUCGAGGAACUACCUGCACAUCUCGGUGCCGGCCACUCAGCUCCAGCCGGGGAACGCCCUUCCUGUGAGCUUCAGCCUAUGGAACAUUAACGCUGACGUUCAGAGGCAGAUCCACUAUUUCACCUACCUGAUCCUGAACAAAGGGAAGAUUGUCCAGGCUGGAAGACAAGCCAGGCAGGUGGGACAAACUCUGGUGACCAUGUCCCUGCCCAUCACUCCAGACCUCAUCCCUUCUUUCCGCAUCGUGGCUUACUACCAAGUAGGGCAGAAGGAGAUCGUGGCAGACUCGGUCUGGUUGGACGUCCAGGACUCCUGUAUGGGAACGCUGAAGGUAACAGGCGCAACGGAGCAAGACAAUGAUGUCCAGGUGCCAGGUGGGAAGAUGAAUCUCCGAGUGAAGGGAGAUCCCGGAGCCAGGGUCGGGCUGGUGGCUGUGGAUAAAGCUGUGUAUGUGUUAAACAGGAAAUAUAAGUUCUCCCAAGCCAAGAUCUGGAACACAGUGGAGAAGAGCGACAUCGGCUGCACGCCCGGCAGCGGCAAGGACCACGUGGGGGUGUUUGCGGACGCUGGGCUGCUGCUUCAGACCAACGUUGGCAUUGAGACGCCCCAGCGGGCAGAGUCCCGCUGCUCCCAGCCCACUCGGCUUCGGCGCUCACCCCUGAUGUCGAAGAGAAAAGCUGACAAAGUGAGGCAAUAUCCAAGCCAGCACCUGCGGAAGUGCUGCCAAGACGGCAUGCAAGAGAACCCCAUGGGCUACUCCUGCGACCGACGAGCUAAGUACGUCCUGGAGGGUGGCGAGUGCGUCCAAGCCUUUCUCGACUGCUGCAAACACAUCUUCGACUGCUGCAAGCGCAUCGUGGAGAGGCCCCCCGUGGUUCACAGGCAGUUCCUGUUAGCAUCAGCCGUUUAUUCGAUGCCCCCCAAGAGGAGCGAAGAGCCUGUGGAUGAAGUCGCAGAGGACGGGGAGUACCUGGCGGACGAGGACAUCGUCUCCAGGAGCCAGUUUGCCGAGAGCUGGCUCUGGCAAAUGGAGCUGCUGCCGCAGGAGGCCGAUCCGGACGGGCUGGCUUCCAGAACGGUGCCGGUGUACCUGGAGGACUCCAUCACCACCUGGGAGGUGCAGGCCGUGAGCCUCUCCGGGACAAAGGGGAUCUGUGUGGCCGACCCUUAUGAAAUAACGGUGAUGAAGCAGUUCUUCAUUGAUCUCCGGCUGCCCUACUCCGUGGUGCGGAACGAGCAGGUGGCCAUCCGGGCUGUGCUGUACAACUACGCGCCCCGGGCUUUCCAGAUCCGGGUGGAGCUGAUGUACAACGAGAAGAUCUGCAGCUCCAGCAGGCGUGACAGCCGGUUCCAGCAAGAGCUGAUGAUCCAAGCCGGAGCCUCUCGAGCCGUCUCCUACGUGAUCAUCCCCCUGGAGCUGGGGGAGGUGGAGAUCGAGGUGAGAGCGGCUGUCCAUGGGCUCCCCAUCGCAGAUGGAGUGAAGAAAAAGCUCAGGGUGGUGCCUGAGGGCAUGAAAAUAUUUAAGAACAUCAAGAGCGUCCUGCUGGAUCCUGCUGCCCGUGGCUCUGCCUCUGGGGAGCAGCUGGAGACAGUCGGGCCUGUGGACAUGAGUAACGUGGUGCCCAACACCGAGCCAGUGACCUUCGUCAGCGUGAAGGGGGACAUCGUGGGCGACACAGUGGAGAACUCCAUCGACGGCGCCAACCUGAAGCACCUGAUCCAGGUCCCGGCGGGCUGCGGGGAACAGAACAUGAUCGGCAUGACCCCCGCUGUCAUCGCCACCCACUACCUGGACAGCAGCCGGCAAUGGGAGAGGCUCGGGGUGGAUCGCAGGGCGGAGGCCAUCAAGUUCAUCACUCGAGGGUACACCCAGCAGCUGGCUUACCGGAAAGCAGAUAACUCCUAUGCGGCCUUCACAAACAGACCAGCGAGCACCUGGCUGACGGCCUACGUGGUGAAGGUCUUUGCCCUGGCCUACGAACUGAUCACUAUCGACCCCGAGGUGCUGUGCGGGGCUGUGAAGUGGUUGAUCCUGUACCGGCAGAAGCCUGACGGGGCAUUCCAGGAGGAUGCCCCCGUGAUCCACGGGGAGAUGGUGGGAGGGUACCAAGGUUCAGAGCCGGAUGCUUCUCUGACGGCCUUCGUUGUCAUUGCUAUGGUGGAGGCCAGAGACGUUUGUCAGCAGUAUGUGAAGAGCUUGGGGAGAACCAUCACGAAGGCUGGAGAUUACUUGACAAGGCGCGUGAAAGACCUGAAGAAACCCUACUCCGUGGCCAUCACGUCCUAUGCGCUGGCGCUGCUGGGCCACGCCGAAGCAGGAGAGAGGCUCAUGGCGUUUUCCACGGGGGGAACACACUGGGCCGACCCCCAGUCUCGUCUCUACUCCAUCGAAUCCACCUCUUAUGCCCUGCUGGCCUUGCUGAAGCAGAAGAGGUUGGAGCUGACAGGGCCCAUUGUCCGGUGGCUGACGGAGCAGCGGUACUAUGGAGGAGGCUACGGCUCGACCCAGGCGACGAUCAUGGUCUUCCAGGCUCUGGCCCAGUACCAGAUGGAUGUGUCAGAAACCAAGGACAUGGCCCUGGACGUUUCCAUUAACCUGCCAGGUCGAAGCAGGCCGCUGCUCUGGAGGAUCAACAGGGAUAACGCCAUGGUGGCCCGGACAGAGCGGACCAAGCUGACCGAUGGGUUCACCAUCUCGGCCAAGGGACAUGGCAAAGGGACCCUGUCGGUGAUGACGGUUUAUUACACGCCCUUGUCGGAGGGGGCGGCAGCCUGUAAGAAGUUUGACUUUAGCGUCUCUGUGCAAAGGGCUCCUAAUGCCAAGAAGCCAGAAGGGGCCCUGGACUCUGUGUUUAUCCAGAUCUGCAUGCGGUUCCUGGGAGCGGUGGACUCCACCAUGACCAUCCUGGACGUCUCCAUGCCCACCGGCUUCUCUCCGGACAUGGACGACUUGGAUAGGCUCACGAACCGUGUGGACAAAUACAUCUCCAAGUUUGAACUGGACACGGACCUGUCUGAGAGAGGCUCCCUCAUCAUCUAUCUAGACAAGGUGUCCAGCAAAGAGACGGAGUGUCUGAAGUUUAAAGCUCACCAGCACUUCGAAGUGGGUCUGAUCCAGCCGGCAGCCGUGACGGUGUACGAGUACUACUCCCUCGAAAACCGCUGCACAAAAUUUUACCACCCAACCCAAGACAGCGGCUUGCUGAAGGUGCUGUGUGAGGAGGACGCCUGCCGUUGCAUGGAAGAGAAGUGCAGCCUGAUCAAGAAAUUUAAACACCCCCCUGCUGACAUCUCUGUCCGCAUCGAAGCUGCGUGCGAGGCUGGGGUGGAUUACGUCUAUAAAGCUCAGCUGGUGAAGGUACAGCAGAACGGGAUGUACAAUUACUUCACCAUGAGGAUCGUGCAGGUCAUUAAGGAAGGGACAGAGCAAAGCAUCCAGGGGAAGACCCGUCGAUUUAUCAGCCCAGUGGCUUGCAAGGCGACCCUGAACCUGCUGGAGAACAGGAGCUACUUGAUCUGGGGCCUCAGCAGUGACCUGUGGGACCUGAAGACUGAGAUGGCAUACUUGCUCGGGAGCGGCUCCUGGAUUGAGCUGUGGCCAAACCCCCUGGAAUGCCAGCAAGGACAUUUCCAGGCCCUCUGCAAGGGGCUGGAGGCGUUUGCCCAGCACAUGGUGACAAACGGCUGCCCUUCAUAGACUGAGAAGAUGAGGACCCAGGAAUGUCACCACCAGCUGUCCCCCUAUCUGUGGGGAGAUCUCCCUCAUAACCCCAUCUAUAGUGUAAAUCAGAGUCAUGGCAGACCCUCUAUACAUUUCACAACAGCAGGAGUAGGACUCACACCCUUCUGCAUGCAGUCCCCUACCUCUGGAUCUGCAGGAGACUCUCCUUCUGCUCAUAGCACAGGGCUUGACACACAGCUAUGCAGUUCAAAUUCCAGUUUUCCAUAACCCUCUAUUGAUCCUUGUAAUACACCCUGCUCUGCAAUUUCUGAAGACAUUGAUCCAAGCUCUCUGGAGAGAGGACAGAGAACGGAACCGUACCGUGUGCGGGUCGCCCCACCUCUGAGAUCCCCAAGGGCUCUGUCAUUUCCUUACACUGUGGCACACUUCAACAGUCCCUGAACUGAACUGAUUACUCCUUUGUACAACACCUGUUGCAAUGACCUCCCUUGCCCCCCCCCCCCCCGAAUCCUCAAUCCAGAAACUUUGUGCCUCCCAAGGGAGCAAUCCUGAGGCACAAAUCCUGGGUUUGUACCUGUUUUAUCCCGAAUGUGAAUAAAGUUUUGCAGCAGCAGCAGGGAAAUGGCUCUCAGCACCCAGGAGGGGAGAUUUAUUUCAUGGCCUGCUCUAGACUGACUCCAAGCCCCCUAUAACACUAGGGAAACUUAAUGCGCUGUGUGGAAGCUCUAGAUUGUAAGAUCUUUGGGGCAGAGACUGUCUUUUCAUUCUGUGGUUGUACAGUGCCUGGUACGGUGGGGUCCUGGGUGCUGUGAUCAUACAAAUAAUUUAAAAUAGCCUGGAAUAAAUCUUCAUUAGAAGCACCCUAAUACUUGCCGAAUAAAGUGACUUCUGGUCUGGAAUUAAGCAUCCACAGGAGCUUCUCCAGUCAGUUUCUCUGUAUAGACAAGGAAGGAUGAUGGUCUAGUGGUUAAAGUAUGGACCUAGGCGGUGGGAGCCCAGGAUUUAAUUCCCUCCUCUGUCCUCCUCUGAUCCCUGGGCAAGUCACAUGGCCUCUCUGUGCCUCGGUUCCCCCGCUGAACAACAGGGAAGACAGCAUGGCCUCCCGGGGGUCGAGGAUAAACCCAUUAAAGAGCGUGACAUGUUUGAGCCCCAGCGAUGAUAUAAGAAAUAGGGGUUAUUUCAUUACCAAGCUUGCCCCGUGCUCAGCCCUUCUUACGCAGCAGAAAGACAAAGAGGGAACAUUUUGGCUAAGAUUCCUGAGCACGGACCCAGCCUCGGUACAUCUGUGCUCCGACUGCAAUCCAACAACCCUAAGCAAUCUCUGCGGUAAUAGGCAAAGGACCCUCCCGUGCUGUUUUGCUGAGCAAUCUGGUUGGUUUUUGCUUGGAACGGGCACAUCUCAGCAAGUGGCGGUUUGUUUAAAACCUUCCAUGAUCCAGAGGCUUGAUUCUCACUUGCCCUACCACCCCUUUGAUGUUGCUGUUGCAAAGUAAAGGGACCAUAACACUGAGAGAUCUCUCCUGGCAGAGGGCAUUGCUUGAGCUGCUAACUCCUUGAAGGUCCUGACACAGGGGAUGCGGUCAAGGUGGAGUGGGCAUGGCCAGCAUGAAAAUCUAGCAAAACAGCUGUCCAGAUUAGUCAGUGGUGUGCUAGCCACACCCCCUUGGCCUUGGCCAUGUCCCUCAGGCCAAGGGCCACACUUGUGCUCCACAUCACUGCAUGGCUGUUCAGUGUGUAAGUUAGAGUAGCCUCAAGGCUGCUGUAAACUAUGCGGGAAGGGACAAAAAUGGUGUAAACCCACCUCUGCCCCUGCCCUGAUGCUAGUGGUGAAUGGAUCUCAGCCAGAGCAGGGAAUCGGAGGCCCAGAAUGCUAUCUUGCUCAGGGUUUCCAGAAAUUGUGGGGUAUGAAGCCUCCCAUGUGGACAGCUCCUCACUGAGCUGGUUCUGGCCCUUGUUCCAGCCAAAUCCCAGAAUGGCAGUGAGCAGGGAAAUUGGUCCUAAGACCAUAAGAAUGGCAUACUGGGUCAGACCAACGGUCCAUCUAGCCCAGUAUCCUGUCUUCCGACAGUGGCCUCUGCCAGAUGCUUCCAACCAUCCUCUG